UUUCUAAACUCAUUGUAGUGCUGUACGAUUUCGAAUUCCUCUUCCCUUCUCCAAAAGUCCGUUUAAUUUACUGUACCAUGUUAGCAACGGAAAAUGCCCUCCAAAAUACAGAAGAGUGGUUUCUUUUCGCCAUAGAAAUUAUUUGAAAAUGCUUCCGCUCUCCACACUGCUAAAAAGUGGUUUCACUCCAACCCUCAAAGAUUUCAACAAUUUAUUCCUUUUCCUCUCCCGGAAUCAAAGAUUCAAAGCCAUUAUCCACGUCUUCUCCCAACUCAGCUCGAACCAAAUCAAUGCCGACGCCCAAACCCGCACAAUUUUUGCAAAAGCUUUGAUCAAGGAUAGCAGAUACGAAGAAGCAGCUGAUUUCUUGAGAACCCACGAGAUUUUCCACCAAAAUCGUGUUUUUGAUUCUCUAAUCCAAGCUCUUUGUACUUGUAAUCAAGACCCCGAGCGGGGGCUUUCUCUGUUGAAGGAUUCCUUGAAAUUAAACGGCGUUGUUCCUUCUUCACGUACUUUUUGUUUAUUGAUUUCCUGUUUUAGCAGAAUGGGGAAAAUGAAUAGAGUGAUUGAUUUGUUGGAAUUGAUGUCUGAUGACAAAUUCAAGUACCCUUUUGAUAAUUAUGUUUGUAGUUCUGUGAUUUCUGGUUUUUCGAGGAUCGGGGAGCCUGAACUUGCGGUCGGGUUUUACGAGACUGCUAUAAAAUCGGGUUCCUUGAUGCCGAAUUCUGUUACAUGUACAGCUCUAUUGACUGCUUACUGUAAAUUAAGAAAUGUAGAGAAGGUUUCUGAAUUGGUUGCUUGGAUGGGAAGCAACGAUUUGGCGUUUGAUGUUGUGUUCUAUAGUAAUUGGGCGUACGGGUGUUUAAGGGAAGGAUUAGUUCACGAGGCGUAUAAAAUAGUUAGAGCAAUGGUGGAUAAUAAAGUCGAGCUGGAUAUGAUAAGUUACACGAUACUUAUCGAUUGGUUUUCAAAGAACGGGAAUGUGGAAAAGGCUGUAGGGUUUUUGCACAAGAUGAGAAGGGAUGGAAUCGAGCCGAAUUUAGUUACCUAUACUGCAAUUAUAUUGGGAUUUUGCAGUAAAGGGAAACUGGAUGAGGCAUUUUCGAUUUUCGGCAUGCUUGAGAAGUUAGGGAUUGAAGCGGAUGAGUUUGCAUACGCCAUUCUGAUUAAUGGAGUUUGUAGAAAGGGCGAUUUUGAUCUUGUAUACCAGCUGCUCGAUGAAAUGCCGAAGAAAGGUAUAAAUCCUGGGGUUGUGACAUACAAUACUGUCAUUAAUGGAUUAUGCAAAGUUGGGAGGACAUCCGAGGCAGAUGAUUUCUCAAAGGGCAUAAUCGGAGAUGCCUUCACAUAUAGCACAUUGUUACAAGGCUAUGUUAAAGAACAAAAUAACUCGGGGAUUUUGGAAACAAAAACGAGACUCGAAGCAGCAGGUGUUCGUAUGGAUGUGGUCGUGUGUAAUGUACUGAUAAAAGCCCUGUUCAUGGUGGGCUUGUUCGAGGACGCAUUUGCAAUUUAUAAGGGACUGCAAAAAAUGGACAUUUCGGCGAACUCUGUUACAUACUUCACUCUGAUUGAUGGAUAUUGCAAAGCGGGCAGGAUCGACGAGGCGCUAGAAAUAUUCGAUGAGUACCGAAACACGCCAAUUUCUUCACCCGCUUGUUACGAAUGUAUUAUUUUGGGGCUGUGCGAAAAGGGUAUGGCAGACAUGGCAGGGGAUGUAUUUAUCGAAUAUAUCAAGAAAGGUUUGCCUUUGGAUAAAAAACUAUACAUGAUGUUGAUUGAAGCAGCAUUCAAUGUAAAAGGUGCAGAAAGUGUUUUGGAAGUGAUGUACAGAAUCGAAGAAACGGGGUUUCUAACGCUGCCUGUUUUGUGCACAGAUGCCGUUUAUUUCCUGUGCAAAAUGGGUUUCGCCGAGGCCUCGUACGAUAUUUUAUCGGCAAUGAGAACCGAGGGAUUACAAUGGGCCAGCUUGUGCUACUAUUCGAUUCUUGGAGCGCUUCUCUUUGAAGGUAAAAAGUUGCUGGCUCGGCUUAUCUUGAGUUCGUUUGUUAAAAUUUACGGCAUGUCAGAUCUCAGAGUUUGUGAGAUCGUACUAAAUUACUUAUGUUUGCAUGAUGUGAAAAAAUCCCUUGUAUUUCUCUCGUCAAUGAACGCAAAGAACCGGAAUAUAAUCAUUCCCGUUGCCGUUUUUAAGACGCUGAUAAACGAAGGUAGAGUUUUGGAUGCAUACGAGCUCUUGGUAGGAGCAAAAUACAAUCUUGCCCCUAUGGAUGUUGUUAGCUACACGAUUAUAAUCGACGCCCUCUGUAAAAAACGGCAUAUCAAAGAAGCGUUAGAUAUCUGCACUUUAGCAGCGAAGAAGGGCAUAGUCCUCAACAUAGUGACCUUCAAUUCCGUAAUAAAUGGAUUGUGCCACCAAGGUUGUCUGACCGAAGCUUUUAGAUUGUUCGAUUCACUCGAAAGAAUCGAUAUUCUUCCCACUGAAGUUACGUACGGUACACUUAUCGAUGCUUUAGCUAAAGAAGGGCUUUUACACGACGCGAAUAUGCUCCUCGAUAGGAUGUUACUCAAGAAUCUCGAGCCGAACACUCGUAUCUAUAACUCGUUGAUUAACGGUUAUUGCAAGUCUGGUCUGCUCGAUGAAGCUAUAAAGAUUUUCCAUGAUUUAGAGACGAGGAAUCUUAAGCCAGAUGGAUUUACGGUUGGUGCACUGAUCAACGGGUAUUGUCUGAAAGGCGACAUGGAAGGAGCACUUAAUUUGUAUCUCGAGUUUAAAAGAAACGGGUUUUUACCGGAUUUCUUGGGUUUUAUGUAUUUAGUUAGGGGCUUAUGUGCGAAAGGAAGGAUGGGAGAAUCUUGGGGAAUCUUGAGAGAGAUGCUUCAAACCCCGUCUGUUGUUGAUCUCUUAGGCAGGGUGGAUAGUGGAGCUGAAUCUGAUUCGGUCGAGAAUCUACUCGUUUUUCUUUUGGAUCGAGGAAGUAUUUACGAGGCUGUUGCUUUGCUUAAUAAAGUUAAAUCGAUACUUUUCUCUGCUGGGAGAAAUUCGUCUCUACGUACAUUGGAUCCACAUGCUGAAGUGGCGCCUUCGAUAAAUAAUGGAAUUGAUUUUCAUUCCGUGGCAUAUGAUGAUGUCGAAAAACAAGAUAACAACGUGGUUGAGAUUUGUGGGGGCGAAGAUGGAAAAACAGAGCAGUUGAAAGAUUUUGAUUCGUUUUAUUCUCGAAUUCGUUCACUGUGUUCGAAGGGGGACCUAGCUAAAGCAAAUCGGUUGACUAAGUUGCUUAUGGAGCUGUGA